AUGGUCAACCUGGGAGGGUUUUUCCACGCAGAUGACUUGGAAGAGGAUGGAAAGGUUACCCAGGGAUAUCUACACAGGAGACAAGUGCGCACAAAACGCAGAAUGUCACAGUGGUUUCAAAGAAAUGGACCUAUGAAUAUCAACCACUAUGCAAAUAAGAAGAGCGCUGCAGAGAGCAUGUUGGACAUUGCCCUGCUGAUGGCCAAUGCAUCCCAGCUGAAAGCCGUGAUGGAGCAGGGACCUUCUUUUUCCUUCUACAUCCCACUUAUUGUUCUUAUCAGCCUGUCGCUCACACUGCAAGUUAUGGUGGGAGUGCUCCUGAUAUUCCUUGUAAAAUAUGACCUUAACAACCCUGCAAAACAUGGAAGGCUGGAUUUCCUCAACAACCUUGCAACUGGACUAGUAUUCAUUAUAGUAGUUGUGAAUAUUUUUAUCACUGCCUUUGGAGUGCAGAAGCCAGUUGCUGAGUCAGUAUCAAGACAGUAAGUACAAGAGACCUGAGGCAUUCAUUCUAGAGGCCAUUUGCACUUGAGCCAGUUACGCUUGGACACA